UGGUCCUUGGCUUCUCAUUGGGUCUGCUUGCCCUCCUCCUCUUCCUUUGUCAUCUCAUGGCCCCAGUCAGUGGGAUUCCUCCGGAUGCCUCUGACGGUAUCCUCCCUCAUAUCUAUAAGAGGAACCUUCUCCUCAACUCUACCUAGGAGUCGUGGUGUUUCGAUGCAGCAGCGCAAGAAAUUCCUAACACCGCAUGAGAUGCAUACUUAGCCUACAGCCUUUCUGAAAGCCAGUGUUUGGGGUUUUGCCAAGCUAAUCAGGUACCCAGAGGACCGGAGAGAACAUACUUAGGUUCUGGCCAAGACCUGAGAGCAAAAGAAAGAGAAGAAAAAGAAAUAGUUCCACCAGUCUGAGUGAGAACACAGAAGCAGAUGGUUCCAGCCAAACCUCAUGACUAUGUGGACUGCCCGGAAGUUUCUUCGAAGGAGGUUGGGUGCAGGACCUGGUGGAGUGUUUGCCUUGCUUGCAUGAAGCAGUGAGGAAGGAGGCAGGAGGAUCAGAAGUUCAAGGUCAUCUUUUCGGCUAUAUAGUGGUCUGGCAGACCUGAGUAUCAGAGAGCAGGCCAUAUUCCUGUUGGCAGAGAAGAUCGGCUCCUAACCCAGUGCACACAUCCAGUAUGCCUACAGGCUGCUAGGACCCCACCUCCUCGCCAUGGACUGCCCAGGCUGACCAGUCAAUCCCUGUGGGUGUCCCCUGCUCUGAUCUGGAGGAGACCAUGUCCAAGACCCCUAACUGCCUGCUGCGGAUGCUCAGGGCCACCCCCAGACAGCGGGUCUUCACCCUCGUCAUUAUCAGCUUCAAGGUCACACUCUUCAUCUUCUUCAUGAUCUACUGGCACGCUGUGGACUCACCCAAGGACCCAGGACGACAGUAUAGCCUGCCAGUGGCCAUCCCCUGCCCCCAGCUGGCCUUUCCCAGCCUCCCUUCCCCAGGCAACAUCUUCUUCCUAGAGACAUCAGACAGGACCAACCCCAGCUUUCUGUUUAUGUGUUCUGUAGAGUCAGCUGCCAGGGCACACCCAGACUCCCGGGUGGUGGUGCUCAUGAAAGGGCUAACUAGACACAGCACAGCCCUGCCCCGGAACCUUGGCGUCUCUCUCCUGAGCUGCUUCCCCAAUGUCCUAAUACAACCUCUAGAUCUGCAACAGCUGUUUGAAGACACACCUUUGGCAGCCUGGUACUUGAGGGCUCAGCGCCGCUGGGAGCCCUACCUGCUGCCGGUGCUGUCAGAUGCCUCCAGGAUCGCACUCCUCUGGAAGUUUGGUGGCAUCUACCUGGACACAGACUUCAUCGUCCUCAAGAACCUGAGGAACCUGACCAACAUGCUGGGCUUCCAAUCCCGCUACGUACUCAAUGGCGCCUUCCUGGCCUUCGAGCGCAAGCAUGAGUUCUUGGAUCUGUGCAUACAUGACUUUGUGGACCAUUACAAUGGUUGGAUUUGGGGCCACCAGGGCCCCCAGCUGCUUACCCGAGUCUUCAAGAAGUGGUGUUCCAUCCGCAGCCUGAAGGAGAGCCACGCUUGCCGAGGAGUCACCGCCCUGCCCCCGGAGGCCUUCUACCCCAUCCCCUGGCAGAACUGGAAGAAAUACUUUGAAGAGAUCAGCUCCGAGGAACUGGCCCGGCUGAUCAAUGCCACCUAUGCUGUUCACGUGUGGAACAAGAAGAGUCAGGGCACACACCUCGAGGCCACAUCCAGGGCCCUGCUGGCUCAGCUGUAUGCCCGCUACUGCCCCACGACACAUGAAGCCAUGAAGAUGUACUUGUGAGGACGGACCCUCCGGGCAGCCUUCGUGUUACAGCAGGAUUAUUAACGCCUUUCCCGGGGAGGUGGGAUCGGCAGGCAGGAAAGAGGGGGAACACUGAGCGUUCCAAGGUAGCUGGAUGACACACAGUUGGGGGCUGGUGGCAGGAGAGGAACUCAGAGAAGCUUGUGUAUGAAUGCUGACAAGGGUCCAGUGCUCUCAGCCUCAUGAAACCAAAGGGUAGGGCAGCCCUCCCUGAGAACACCAUCUUUUUCCCCUCCCCUGGGACACUGCUCUGAAGAGCUGCCACAACCCAUUCCGGAGUUCGGGAAUGUGGAAAUUCUUUUGGCUCCAGGGAAAAGGUUUUAAAUCCCCUCCCUGUUGUAGACGCCAGGGGCUAUAAUAAAAGUGACUCACUACCCCA